AUGGCCAACCGCAUGGCGUCCUGGCUGCAAAAGCAAAGAAUUCUGAUUGCCAAGAUGUGGAUUAAGUGCCCGAAAUUGACAACGCGCUGGUUUGCCGUCCGCCGAUUGACAAACUUCUUGCUGGGGAUUAGCGUCGGUCUUUUCCAGCUCAUUGUCGAGAAGGGCGACCCGAACAAGACGCCAUAUUCUUAG